AUGCAAUCCUCAUCAAAUAACGAAAAUUCAUUUCCUAAAGAACAAAAAGUAUCGGAAGGUGUUUAUAUUACAGAUUUUAGGAAAAAACAAACCACACCACAAUCAACACCAAGUCUAAAAGAAGAAUAUGAAAGUUUACUUGCUACAACACAAUGUGAUUUGAGUGAAUUGAAUAAUAAGAUUUAUCAUUUGGAACGAUCUAAUAGAGAAAUGAAGGAAAUUGAUCCUGAUGGAGAAGAUUCUGAUUUAGUGGAGGCAAUAGCUGAGAAUAUGGAAGUGAUUGAAAGAUUUAAAAAACAAGUUGAAUUAAUCAAGGAAAGAUUAGCACAAUUAGAGAAAAAGGACUCAUCGAAAUUAUCAGCUAAGGAUUUGCCAACCGGUGUGGGUAUUAUUGAUGAUGAUAUAACUGAUGAAAUGUUGGAAAAUUUAACUUUAUAA